AUAUCCUACGAAACCCGGGAAAUGACGUUUGUGCAGACUGUGGCGCUGCAGGUCCAUCAUGGGGCUCUUGUUCUCUGGGAGUCUUCAUCUGCCUGGCCUGUUCGGGGAUCCACCGCAACAUCCCAAAUGUAAGCAAGGUCAAGUCCCUGAGCCUGGCCCACUGGGAGGACCACGAGGUGCAGUUCAUGGCUGACAACGGUAAUGAGCUGAUGAAGAGUAAAUAUGAGGCAGCUGUUCCAGUUUACUACUACAAACCAACACACAAAGACUGCCAGGUGCUGAGGGAGCAGUGGAUCAGAGCAAAGUAUGAAAGGAAGGAGUUCACUGAGCCUGGGAAGGCCUUUACAUAUGAGGACGGAAUAAGAGACGGCUUGUUGAUGAAGAGGGGGCGGGACAACGGGCAGUUCCUCAGCAGGCGAUUUGUCCUCUCAGUGAGGGAGGGGACUCUGAAGUAUUUCACCAAAUAUGACGCUAAGGAGCCCAAAGCUGUUAUCAAAGUGGCCUCCAUCAAUGCAACUUUCCAGCCUGAAAAGAUCGGCAACCCCAAUGGCAUGCAGAUCACCUACCUCAAAGACUACAGCACCCGCAACAUCUUCGUCUACCAUGACAACGGCAAGGAGAUUGUAGACUGGCUGAAUUCAAUCCGUGCAGUUCAGCUUCACUAUCUAAAAGUGGCUUUUCCUGGGGCGACGGAUGCUGAGCUGGUACCCAAACUUACCCGGAAUUUUCUGAAGGAAGGAUACAUGGAAAAGACCGGACCCAGGCAAACAGAAGGCUUCAAGAAACGUUGGUUCACCCUCGACCACAGACGGCUCAUGUACUUCAAAGAUCAACUGGAUGCCUUUGCCAAAGGUGAGGUGUUUUUGGGGAAUAAGGACCACGGUUACAGCGUCUUCCCUUGUCUUCCUGCUGGCACCCAUUGCAAUGGCGCCUGGCAACAUGGUAUCACAAUAGAAACCCCUGACCGCAGCUUCCUCUUUACAUGUGAAACGGAGAGUGACCAGCAGGAUUGGCUGAAGCACUUCAAUGAUGUCUUGAGUGCACCAAUGUCCCCCCAGGACUUCACAAUGGAAGCCCUGUUCAAGCACAGGCAUUGAUGGACCAGCGGCCCCUGAGACCAUCUCCUUUCUUCUCAGCCUAUCACAGAUCUGACACAGGAACUACAUCUGUUCUUUUACUGACUGCUAAAUGGAUUUUGAAAUCUUGUUGUAAAAUCUUGUUCAACCCUUUAUGUUGGACGGUAAGGUUAUUUUUUCUUUUAAACGUGAGAGCAGAUUUGUCAAUCUGAAAUAUAACAAUAUAACACAUUGCUAAAUCGAAUCAUUAAACUAUUAAUAAUAAUAAACAGAUAAUUAAAUGGGCUGAAAUAUAACAGAUUAUCAAGUGACAGAAAACAAUUGUAUCUUUGGAGUCAGAGCUCCUUUUUAUUUUUUCUACACUUUUUAUACUAAAAGUAAUCAAAUUAAUUGGUUGUUUCAUUUUGACCUUAUAAUUACUCUAAUUCCUUAAAACAUUUAGAUUCAGUGUAAGUAUUUCAGCUAACUUCAUGCCUCUUGUUGCUCAUUGUUCUGUAUCAGCAUUACAAAAUAUGAACAAACCUUUUUUUUCCAUAUUUUGCAGCAGUAUAUUUAGACACACUACCUGUACAGUUUAUAUCAUAAAAAGAACAAAACUUUUAUCAUUUUGGGUUUUUUUGUGCUGAGGCAAAUGUUAAUUUUGUAAUUAAGUUUUUAGGAAAAAAUAAGUGUUUUCAUCAUCAACAAUAAAGGAGAUUUACGAAUGCCUUUGGAUAGAAAACA